CUUCUUGUUCGCCGGACGCCGUCAGAGUCCUUCCUCGCCCAGCUCUCAGGUCUCUUCUUCAAAGCUUCACCUUUUCUCUCUCUCUCUCUCUCUCUCUUUUAAUCGAAGGAGGGGCUUCCUCUUCGUCAGCCUUCGUUCUAGUCCUCCCUCGCCAGGGUCAGUUGUUUGCUAUGGAGCACGGUUCUCUGUCAGAUUUGAGCGCCUCAACAUUCUCCUUGAUGGAUGAGGACCAUACGCUAGCAAACUCCGUCAGAUUCACUCUAAAUCAAGAUCCAAGGGUGGUAUUUUGUGGGUACAGUAUUCCACAUCCUUCUGACAACAAGGUCAAUAUAAGAGUUCAAACCACAGGUGAUCCAGCAAAAGAAGUGCUAAAGGAUGCAUUGGAGAAUUUGACGCGGAUGUGCCAACACGUUCGCUCCACAUUCGGAAACCAAUGGCAAUGGCAAUGGCUAUUUAUAUAUAUUGAAGAAUGAAAUGAAGAGUCUAUUUCCCUCCGUCAUUAAUAAUCAUUAUUGCAAGAAUCAGUCAUCCUGCUCUACUUCUGUGGAAAUUGGCAAUAUAAUAUUCAUCGAUCUAAUAUAGCAACUGGUCCAUUGAUCGAUCGAUCGUUUUCUUGUGUGGAAGUUUGGGUGAUAGAAAUAAUGGGACUUUUUAUGAUCAAUUCCACAAUAUAGAAGAAGAGGAUUCUAUUGUGUUGAGUUCCUUAUCUUUGUGCUGAGUUGGCAAUCUUUGUCUUUGUUGAAACUUAGUAAAUGAGAGUAUGAGAGUUGCUUUCAUUGGAAAAUUAUCGAUGUGAUAAUUAGUAAAUAUCAUAAAAUAUUAGUUGUUCCAAAUUCUACUAACUUCUCUUAAUUAAUAGUGUACUUGGAUAUUUUGUUGGAUUAUAGAAAAUGGAGGUAUGAAGUUCAUAUGCUGAUUGAGAUAAGAUUGUAUAGUAAAUGAGAUUUUUUAAAAACAACUCAGUGACCAACAUAACAAUAAGUAAUUAUUCAUGUUAAACUGUGAACUUUCAUUAUAAGUAUGAUACUUUUACUUUUAGUAACCGUAUGUUUGUGAUAUUUUGCGAAUAAAACAAUAUUAUGAUUAUAACAUCAAUUAAGUUAUGAAUUAGAUGAAAAUGAUCCAAAUUGAAGAUGAAUUGUAUGGAAAUUGAAUUCUUAUAAUCGAUACGGGCGGGUAAAAUCAUAAAUAUUUUCCUUGCAGUCUGUUGAGUCCUUUGCAAUAGUUAACUUAAAAUUGAAAAUUUAAAGUAAAAUAAAAUUUUCAUCUUAUGAAAAAAAAAAUGACUUAAAAAAUAUCACAAAUACAUCACUAUUAUUAUUUUGUCCAAUAUAAAAAUGCUAUAGUGUUAGUAUUUAACUACUAAAAAUAGUAAGAGCCAAAAAAAUGAAAUAAAUGUGAAAUAUAUUUUAUAAGCUGACAAGAUAAUUUGGAAACCAUGGCGGCAAAACAAAACUUUCUGCUUAGCAAACUCACCGCAUUAACAAAAAUGAAUUUGUAGAGGACUACAAUAAAAUUAAUAUUUAUUGGUGAGACUACUCUAGGAAAGUCAUGCGGUUUAAUUUUUAAAUCCCAAAGGCAAGAUAUUCACAAAUCUGAAGAAUAGAUUGAAGGAUUUAAAACAAUAUAGCAUGCUUGAGUUUUGUGGAGAAGUAAUAUUACGCAAAUUGGGGGUGAUUCGCAUGCAAUAAAAUGAUAUGACAGAGAGCAAGAAGGGAACUCACACCGCCAUAAAUAUGUCUACCGUAUCAAAAAGGGUGUCGCAAUUAGUAAGUUGUGACCCGCAAUACCAUAUCAAUUUCUCAUCAUUUCAAGUUGUCAAUUUAUGGGCAAGCUACUUGUUGGAUUGAUUUAGUCAAAUUUCCUCCGACAAGGGAAGGGAAUGGCUGGGGGAGGCCGCCAAGGAUGAAGGAAAAUAUGCAUGUAUGACAACGAAGGGAGAUGUGAGUGGCAACAAUGAUUGACCGAUCGAGAGGGGCACGGUGAAGGAGGAAGGGAUGGAGUGGUGGAGGUGAAAUCGACGACAACUAAAGAGUGCUUGUCUUUCACUCUUCUGAGUCCAUAUACAACUUCAAAUUCUUCUACACUUUACAUCCUCGUUAAAUCACUCACUAUCCGACACUUAAUUAGAAAACUAGAGCUCUUGACUAAUAAAUAUUUUGAGUCGUCUCAAGACCGGCACUGCCCAAAGAUCACAAUUCUUCCAUACAUAAUGACUUACAUGAACCAUAUCACUUAUUCUUCCUCAUCCUAAUUAUGACUCAAGAAGUGGUCAAUAGAUUUGUCGUCUUCUUCUGUGGAACUUAGAGUCAUGGAACUUGCGAUUGAUGAUCAUGAGACGCCAACAACUUUGAUGAGCAGACCAAGUCAAUGACGAAUAAUGCAGCUGAGGUGUGUAGCUCACGGCAAUGGCAAUGGCAAUGGCAAUGCAAUGUACCAUAACUUUUGGUGGAUUUUCAUUCUGCAGAAGCAAUGGCUAGUUAUGUUGAAGACUGCGUCUGUGUCUGGUGAAGAGUCUAUUUCCCUCGAUCGGUCAUUAUUCCAAUAAUUCAGUUGUCUCUCUCUCUCUCUCUAAAAAUUGUCAUUAAUUCAUCCAUCAGCAAGUAGUGGUCAAUCAUCUCGUUGUGUGGAAAUUUGGGGGAUGUUGGAAAUUGUGAUGCUCUGUGCCUCUGUCCACCAACAACAUUGACCAGCAGACCAAGAAGUCAAUGGCGAAUAAUGCAGUUGAGGUGGUAGAAAAAACGCAUGCAUCUUGGUAAUUACUCCAAUUAACUUAGAGUUAUUUUCUUCUUGUUUUUUCUAUCAAAAUCAAAUUUCUAUUUUAUUUAUCAAGUUUAAGCAAAUUAGUCUAUCAAACAGAAAUAUAUAUAAGACUCAUUUGUUUUGAUAGGAAAUUAAACAAACAUGCUUCAGUCGUUAGAAACAUAGAAAUUAACAUUUGUGUUUCUGAUAAGCAUUUAAACUAGCUUAUUUAUGGUACAAAUAUAGCGUUUUUUUUAAAUAAAACAUUCUCAUUAUUAAUUUAUUUAUAAAUAAAUGAAUCCAUAAGUAAUUAUAUAUGUAAAGAGAAAUUAAGGCACUGGAGGACGCAUACUAAGUUUAAAGGUGGUGCUUAAAGACAUUUUAAAAUUUAUUGAUGACUAGUUUGGCUUUACACUUUUAAUAUUUUAAGAGUACAAAGAUAAGAAAUUCAUGAUAUCUUCUAGAUGUCAAUCUUGACUUGCAUACUUAAAUCAAUAAACAAUUAAUUUUAGGUAUUUUUUUUUAAAAUAAUAGAUUUAUAUUGUGGUUAAAAUAAGAAUGCGUAUUAUUAAUGAAACUUAUAGCUUAUAGAGAACUUAUGCUGUGGAAAAAAAUUCUCAAGGAAAAGAAAAAGAAAAAGAAGAUGGAAGAGGAAGAGAGAAGAAAAAGAAAAAGGUGAAAAAAGGAAGGGAUUGAAAAUGAAUUAAUAGGAUAAUUUAACCUUUUAACAGAUUUUCAUAAACUUUUAAAAUUAUUAAAAUAUCCUAAAGCUUUAUUUACCUAUCAUUACUUUUAGGGUUUACCACCCAUAAUUUUUUUAGAAAAGCCUUGGUUUACCUUUAAAAAUUUUUCUCAACCCAUCUAUAACCAUAUCAGACCACAUUACUUAUACUGAUUAAAUGAUAUGAAAAUAGCAAAAGUGCAUUCUUUAUAUCAUAGUUUACAUUGACAGCGCAACCAUAACAUUGCAUCAUUUAUAAAAUAUUACCAGUUUAUGCUUUUUAAAAAUAUCAUGCUUACAAUGAAAUUGUAAGGUCACACUUCUAACAUGAAAAAUUACUAGCUAUUACGAUAUUGAUCAUUGACUUUUUUCAGAAAAUUUAUUCAAACUUAUCUUAAUUGUCAUAUUAACUUUAUCAUAAAUUUCAUCAACCUUCUUAAAGUAAUAGUACUUCCAUUUGUUUAAUUUCUUAAAUAAGAGAAAGUAAACACACUCCAUAAUCUAACAAAAUAUCCAAUUAUUCUACUAAAAUAGAUUGAUCCCUUGCUACAUUGAUAUUGUUCCCAUGAAAGCAACUUUUGUUUAUUAAAUUUCCACAAAGAUAAUAAUUUCCGAUAUAAAUUGUUGCAUCAUCUGGUGUGUGAAUUCGAAGUUGUUUUUUUCC